UUACCCAAUCCCUAACCUUUCUAGCGCAGUCCGUUCCCAACAUUGGAAUUGCGGCGGCUCCCCUUCCCUCGCCUCGCCGACGCUUCGCCUUCGUGUGUCGACGGAGAAUUAGCAGCUUGUGAUCUCUCUUUAAAACUAUGGCAUUGCGAGGAGUUUGGCAGCUACAGAAGCUGAUAGUGAGCUAUUGUGAUUGGGGAGGAAGUAGCAGGGGGAUCAGGGGCUUUAUGGAAACUCAUUUGCCAGCUUUCAAGGAAAAGAACCCUCAGCUAGAGGUAGUAAUGGAGCUUGUUCGUGGUCAGCAUCCUCAUCUGAAGGGCUUUUACAAGAAUCAUAACCAGCGGGUGGUUUGUGUUAAAAAUUUAAUGCCAGAGGACGUACUACUGCAUGCUACUAAACUAAGGAAUGCGUUAGGAAGGAAGGUUGUGAAACUGAGGACAAGGCAUGUCACGAAGCAUCCCAGUGUUCAGGGCACAUGGACAACUGCACUCAAAUUUUGAAUGGAACAGCUUGGGGUGAUCGAGCUAUAUGGGAUAGUUUGUGGUGCUGUUGCUGACUGAGAGAGUUAUCGGUCACUCUUGGGUCUUAAUAUGCUCAGCUGAUGGAAUCUUCAUCUCUAGAUAAAUACUUGUUUCAGCUCAAUAAACAUUUGAUCUCUGUACUCAAAACAUUUGAAGGUUUUUUUAUGGAUGUAGUUUAACUUAUCUAAAUGAAGAUGCUUGGAUCCAUCCCUCUUAUUCCCCAAUGUGAGUGUCAGCAAUCAAGCAUCCAUCAGCGAAGCCAAGAGUACUUACUGCAGAGUCUCAAUGAAGUUAACUCAUCACUCCAGUAUUGAAGUUUGGUGUUCUGCUGAUGCUUUCAAUUGCAAUCUGCUUUGCUUUGGGUAUGGAAUUCUUGGCAUGGAAGAGACUUAAACUGGUGUUUCAGAUCCAAUGAUUUCCAAUACAAUCUCUACCAGCUAAAAGCAGAGAGAUUAAGGGAGUGUAAGAGAUGCCAUCCUAAUUCAACAGUUGUCAUUUGUUAUAUUGUUGUUUCAAAUGGAAGUUAUUGUUUGGUUGCUGAGAUAUUUGGUGGUUUAUGUUAUUUGAAGUUUGCUGAGACAUUAUGGCUA